AUGGAUAUCGAUGUUCCUGCUCCUUCAGAGAGUACACCACUACCUCAAAUCAGCGAAGCACAGAAUGAGAAGCCGGAGAAGUCAGAGAAGCCAGAGACUUCUGAUGUUACUAUCAAAGAUGCACCACCCAGCCCUCCUUCUUUAACUUCAGCAUUGGAGGCUUUACUUGGCGGUCUAGACGCCCCACCACAGGAUCCGAAUGUGCCCUCUACGCAACCCAAUGGCACAGAGCAGAAUGUACAGCCCCAAGAGCAAGAUGAGCAAGGUGAACCUGAGUGGGAAGAGGAUUCUUCUCCCUACGAAUCUUCGUCCGAAUCGAGCAGUUCAGAUGAUUCGGAUGACGAGUCUGAGGAUGGGAAAAAUUAUGAGUUACUAGGCCCCGAGGAGACAGCCCGCAUUCUUAUGGAAAUGGAGGGUGGCUCGGACGAUGAAGGCGAGGGGAAGGCGAAAGGGAAUGGUUCGGGUGCACAGGUCCGCACGAAGAAUGAAUUGCCCGAAGAAGUAGUUCCUAAGCCUGAUGUCGUUAUAACACCGGAUAUGACUAUCACUGAACUUGGCGUAAUUGAGCACAUCGUUGAGAAUACGGCUGUAGUCAAGGCGAUCACGACGGGAGAGUAUCAAGUGCUCGACAGCGGCUCAGUUCUCUGCACGGAAGACCGCACUGUUAUCGCGGCCGUAGCCGAUUUAAUUGGCAACGUGAGGCAGCCACGCUAUACUGCAAGGUUUACGAACGAAGAAGAAAUUAAAUCUUAUGGCCUAGAGAUAGGGGCCAAGAUAUUCUACCCACCUUCGCACGCGGUAUAUGUCUUCACUCAACCACUUCGGGAGCAAAAGGGCACGGAUGCCAGCAAUUGGCAUGAUGAAGAGGCUGGUGAUGAAGAAAUUGAGUUCUCGGACGACGAAAAAGAGGCCGAACAUAAGAGGCAGCUGAAGGCUAAAAAGAAAGGAGGCCGCGGUGGCAGGGGCGGCGUAGGAGGGCGAGGAGGUCAGACCGAGGCCUCGUCCCUUCCUCCAAUGACUGGCUUACAGUAUGAUGACGAGGACGAGGAUGGCCCCUAUCGAAAACUUGCAAGGCCGGCGAACUUUGCGCAGGGCCAAUCUAACCCUUCGGAAUCCGGAUAUUCAAAUCAUCACGCCAACAAUAACGGCUCAUUUAGAGGUGGUCGAGGUAGAGGCCAACGAGGUCACGGACAUGGCCGUGGGGGGAGGGGCAAUCGUGGAGAUUCUCGAGGUGGGCAUUCCUUACCACCUAGGCCACCGCGAGGACAAGACUAUCAGCCACAAACCCAGCAAUACAGCUAUCCGCCAGCUCCGCCUCCGGUUACCAACCCAGCAUAUCCUCCGCAAUCGCUACCAUUCUAUGGCACACCGAACAGUCAUCAGCAGCCCAAUACGCAGUUUCAAUUCCCUUGGCCCCAGAACGUUCCACAAGGCUUCGUUCCACCUCCACCGCCACAGUUUACCGGGCAGCAACCCAGCGCGUACUACAGCCCCGAGUUCUUUGCUGCUCUGCAAAGUCAGAUGCAGGGACAAUCCAACCAGCAAAACGGCCAGUGGUCCGGACAUGGUGGUGCUGGAUAG